AAAGACUAGAUUACAGUAAGGUCAAAGGCUAGCUUUGCAUAAAACCGUGUACACGUAACCAGGAAGUUGUAAAACACCUGCUUCUGCUGGCUACUGUACAAUCGCCAAAAUUCUGGCUGUCCCGUACACCUUUCCAGUCCCAUCUUGAUUUCGUGGCUCUUCUUUGAAUAUUUCAACUGUAACAUGUCCCGGCCUGUUAGAACCAGCGCGAGUUCCAAAGCUGCAGAAGCUAAAAAUGAUGCUUAUUUUCUUAAAAGCCGAGUGGAAGAGUUAGAGGCAGAAGUAGCAGCACUGAAGAAAAGGUUAGAUGACUUGAGGAAAGCCAAGAACACGACUGUUCACAAGAAACAGAAAGAAUAUGUCACAACUUCCAUGACGGAACACAGGUCAAGCAAUGACCCCAAGGUCAGUGACCUCCAGCAAAAGAUGGACGACCUGAAUUUGCAGCACACAAAGGAGAUGGAAGAACUCAAGCGAAGCCACCAGGAAUCGUUGCGAAAAAUGAAAAAGACUUCUCCUUCGCCGACAUCCUGCAAUCACGAGGAAGAAAUCGCCUCCUUGAAGCAGCAAAACAAAUCCCUGCAGUCUGAUAACGAGGAGCUCCGGCUCUUCAACGAGGAGCUGAAGAAGGAAAACGGUGAUUUGAGGGAGAAGUUUGAGGAGUUGUUUAGCGAGUUAAGCAUUAAGGAGGCGCAGUGGUGUGAGAAAGAGGAACAGCUGAACCUGAAGAUGAAACUCCAGUGGGGGGAGAAGUACCGAGAGUGGAUGGAAGUGACCGAGAAGAAGAUCGCCGACCUCCAAGCGGCAAAUGAUCUCUUACGGAGCUACAUGAAGCAUCCUGACGGGACAUGAAAGGUCAUCAGCAACACAAAAGUACUCAACUCAACUGCACCACUGUCCAAGCAGUUGGUUGCUACAGAGCCCGGACAAGACUCUUAUGAAGUAAAGUACCCUCAGAGCAGUCAAUAAUCCUAACCCUGAGAGUUCCAUUGUAUUCAUCACAAAUACAUAAUACAAGUCCAUUUUGUUAAUAUCAGAGUGAUAUUUUAUUGGUACCGUCCAUGUGUUAUGUAUAAUACAGGUAAUUUUUAAAUUAUGGAAACUAGACAAGUUCUUUAAAAAAAUGGUAAAUUAAUGUCUAUGGCUAAUGGAAUUAAAUAUACACUUACACUAGUGACCUGUGUUCUCUAACUGGUGAGCAGCAAUGCCAUCUUGGUAAGCAUUCUACGACUGUGAAAUCAGUUCGAGGAACUCAUUUCCAACUUGUGCUAAAAACCACCAGUGUUUUGAUAACACAAGAAUUGGCGGGAACUGCUGUUCAGUUGUCUGUGAAUACUUUAUUGGUCUAAUUCAUUUGUCAGAAACCAAAGUACAAGUGCUACGCAAUACUAAAUUUGCUGUCAUUGAAUGUCUCCACUAUUCUCCCGGUGUGGUGCCUGGCUUGAAGUCAGAUUGUUUUGAGAUGAAGUUGAGAAUCUACAUUCGCUCAUACAAUUAAACUUAUGAGGGUUUCAAUGUCUCACGCCAUCAAGAAACAUUGGACUGCAGAACUCGUGAGCCAGGAACCGAUCCAUGCCAGAACAGUCAGCUCAGAUUUAAGUACUUAUUCCAACUGACACCUUCAAAAUUUUCCUCAGACUUGCACCCUAGACUUUGGAUUGAAGUACAUUUCACUCCCCAGGACUUCGAGACAAUGGGGGUCACACCACACAUCUUGGGUUAAGUUGAGUGCCUUUGCCUCAGUGGAAGCCUCAAGACACCCACUUGAAAUUACAAGCAAGGCAUAUACAGGUAUAUACAUGCAAGUGACACUUCUAAAUUGCUGGGGUUGUAGUCAACUGCAUUUUAGCAAUGGGCCUUUUGCAAGUUAAAUUUGAAUAAAAUCUGGAAGACUGAGUUCUUUAAAUUCACACACAAAAAAAUUUGAAUUCCCCAGACUAUAGACACUGUUACUUUACCUCGUUCUUUGGGGCAAGCUUUUGCUUAGUUUACACAAGUCACGCCUCACAACAAUACAAUGAUUUCAAUGGAUAGUAACAGUGCCGUUAGUCUGGGGAAUUUAAAUUAUAUUUCUUUACAAUCAGAUAACUUUAAUGGUGUACCAGAUUUUAUUUAAAUUUAACUCGCAAAAGGCUUAUUAUAAAAGCUGUGAUUUGAUUCAAAUACCCACGCGUCACAAUCAGGUACAGUAUAACUUGCCCUUUCGGCAAUUCAGCACUCGUUGAGUCAUCCUAAAACCUUACAGCUCUUGAUUUGGCCUAAAUGCAGGAAAUGCAGUCGCUGUUAAGGCUAGUUCAUACUUCAUACAAAAUGUGAAAGUGAGGUGAAUUGGACAUUCUGAUCAAAAGUUGCUGCAAAAUUUCGCUUGAGUGGAAAUGUUCUCCACUUCUGCGAAUAUGCAACAUGUAUAUAUGAUUUCACAACACCAAUUUAUGUUUGCUUUCAUGGCAGUUAUGAACUGACCUAUAACGUCCCGUGAAAUGCUAUAAACACAACAGCAAAUUUCCUUUGAAUCUGAAUAUCACAAUAUGUCACAACUUGUAACAACGUAGAGUUCCCCGGUUAUCAAGUAUGACCUGCAUUUUUUUGUAGAGCGAGAUCAGACUCUUUGUGACUGGAUACUCACCUAUGACCAAACGUUUUCCAACAGAUAAAUAGUCCUAAACCUACAUGAACCUACCAAACUUAAAAUCUUUCUCCUAAAAUGUACAAAUUAGCCAGCUACCAAUUAAUAAAUAAACCUAUACCAACGUAUUGAUAAAUAAACCUGCAUAGUUUCAAAUAUACUUGGUAUGCAUGGUACUAUUUAUUGUUUUUACAUUUUAGUAAAAGUUGUCAGUAUUCAAAGUUUAAUAUUUAACAAUAUAGAAAAAAGGUGGGAAGACUGCACAAGUCUAAUAUUUGGUUUUACAGUAAAAUGUAGAUUUAGUUUUUUAUGUACUUGUUUUCAUGUUUACAUAAACGUCGACUUGACAGCAAUGACAUAAUGUAAAGCCCUUCUAUUGUACUUUAUUAUUCAAAAUCCAUUACGGCCAGCGAUGUCACUUGAUCUCUUGAUAACAAAAAGGUGUCCGAUUUCACAGUUUGAUUCGUACUGCAGUGACCUUGGGAUAUGGAUUCUGUGUCUUUGGAAACAUGACGUCAUAAAUACCACAAGUGUUUGAAAAACACUCGGAAAUUACAAGGCACAGUCCAACUACAUGUAGGACAGUAUGGUGCUAUUAAAGUAGUUAACCGUUUCUAAGUACUCUUUUAAUAGUAGUCAUAGGCCGUGUCCGAAUUACUUGGCUGUGGCCUAAAAUUAUGCAAGAGUCUAUGGUGGAGGCCGAAGCCAGUUUCCAUAGAGUCAUGUGUAAUUUCAAGCCAUAGCCAAGUAAUUUGGACCCGGCCUUAUUUGGCCCGAGACUUCAACUGUUGUGGAGCACCCCCACAGCAGUGCUUGAGGAUUUCCUUUUGUCAGUACAGUUGGCUAGUUCGAUCAUUCAAGGACGGCACAUUACUUCCAAGGACUAGGAUACGAAUCCACUAGGAAUCACUAGUACACGUAAGACCAGGGUGGUGGUACUACCGUGUGUAGCACCAGAAACUGCUUAUUAGCUGAGGUAAACUGACAUGACUAGGUUAAUGCUUUGAUUCUCUCAUCUAAUACAUGUUAGAGACAAACCAGAAGUGGUAUGUUGUAGUGUGCUACAAAAUAGGGCAGGGACUAUAGGGACAACAAGGCUAUGUCUGAAUGACGUAUCUUGUGGCUAUGGCUUUAGUGAUGGCCAUUAACCUGCCAUGUAGAAAUAGCCAUAGCCGAUAAUACCCUUUUUGGACAUGGCCUCGUGACUGGCGUCAGAAACCCACCGUCCAGCCACUUUUAAGUACACGUAACUCUUAUCAAGUAUCAAGCUUUUAUAUUAAAUUAAUGAGUACACUUCUUCAACAGAUUGCAUUAAUACAGAAAAUGUGUUUUGUAUGUUACAGUUGCAUUGAAUACAAAUAUUCCACAAUUGAAAGUUUGCCCCCAGACAUGGGUACGGUCCAUUCACACGAGGGGGUAAACUGGAGGCGUGGCCGAAACUUAUCCUCCCACCAUCCUCAACCUACCGGAUCAAAUGUGCAGUCACCGAUGGAAAGAGAUCCUGUUCAAUUCUAAAAUGUACUGUGCAUCUGAAUUAGCCCAAAUUUAAACAAACACCUGGAAGUUUUCAUCCAUACAGACAGAGAGCAAGUUCCCUUCCUACAAGAGACCAUUCAAGAUGUUGGCCCAGUGUAGUUAUCAAGCAUUCCAUCUCCCAACUUGAGAGCAUUGUAAUUUUUAACAAUUGAUAUUUGAAGUUUUUUACAUCUUUUACAAAUUACCACACCAGGCAGUUUUUUCUUUGCUGUUUAAAAUGAUGGACAUUUGUUAAAACUUCACAGCUUGGCGGCAGAAAACUCAAGUCACACAGGCACCAUGUUAGUGUACUCUGUACAGUUUGGUAAAAUAUUUAUACAUUCAGCUUGCCUAUUUUGUCAUUAAAAUGUCGUGUCUCUUUACGACGGAAAACUCAGCUUUCUUACAGUGAAAUAAGCUUGGCGCAGCAAAGAAAGUUUGUUCCUUUUGCACCAAACCGUGAAAACUUUGAUUUUUACACAUGCUCUGAUCAGUCAAAGGUUAAAGUCAUCAGAACACACAAAAUUUUUCCUCAACAAAAACAUUCCAAACACCACAUUCAAUUGUCCAAAAUCUGGGGGGAAAAAUCCACAAAGAAAUGACAACCUAUCAUCUCAAAUCAGGUUCAGGGUUCAAUGCACUUUACGGUCAAAGGUCAUUAAAGCCUGGCUAGGCAUUCUGGUAGAAUGCAGGUUAUGUCCUAUCAUGAAGUUCUUGCACUUUUGGGAUCCGAUCAAAAGUAUCCCUCAUCAUAAAAAAAAA